AUGGUUCUCAGUCGUCACUCUUUAUCUGCAGGGUGGUCCUUCCGCGACCGCGAUUCUGAAGAAUGGCUACCCGUCCAGGCAGUCCCAUCCGUGGUGCAACAGGAUCUCAUCGACAACAAAAAGCUGAAAGACCCAUUUAUUGGACUCAACGAGAUUGACGCCAACUGGGCAAACGAGAAAUCCUGGGUCUACCGCAACACUUUCCAGAGACCAAGUGUCCCAGCAGGAUCCACUAUUGACCUAGUAUUCGAUGGCUUGGACACCUAUGCCACCGUCAAACUUGAUGGUACGACGAUUUUGCUGAGUGAUAACAUGUUUCUGGCUCAUCGUGUCAAUGUGACCGAGGCACUGGCUGCCGAGGGCGAACAUACACUCGAGAUUGAAUUCGACUGUGCUCUGAUGAAGGCCCGUGAGAUACGGAACCAGCACCCUAACCACAAAUGGGUCGGGUUCAAUGGAGAUACAUCCCGCUUGGCGUCUCGAAAGGCUCAAUAUCACUGGGGCUGGGACUGGGGCCCAGUCCUGAUGACCGCUGGCAUUUGGCGUCCAGUCCAGCUGGAGGUAUACACUGCACGAAUCGCUGAUCUCUGGCCGCAGAUCCAACUUGAAGCGGAUCACCAGACAGCCGAAGUUUCGGUGUCUGUCACUAUUGAGGCUCCUGCAGAUGUCGAUUAUACCGCACGGUUCAACUUGAGCGUUAGCGGUACUGAAAUCGCAAGUCAAGAUAUUCCGGUAUCCCAUGAUCACAAAGCGAACGGUACUUUCUGCGUGAACCGACCUGAGCUUUGGUGGCCUCAUGGAUAUGGAAAGCAGUCACUCUACCAGGUAUCAGUAUCGCUACUACGCGAUGCAGAUAGUCUAGACCAGAAGUCCAAGAAAUUCGGCGUUCGGACAGCCGAGGUCAUUCAACAGCCAGACAAGCACGGAAAAUCAUUCUUCUUUCGUGUUAACGGCAUGGACAUUUUCUGCGGCGGAUCCUGCUGGAUUCCAGCGGAUAGUCUGCUUACCAACAUUACUCCGAGCAGAUAUCGAGAAUGGAUCGAGCUGAUGGUCGCAGGCCGACAAAAUAUGAUUCGGGUCUGGGGUGGUGGUAUUUAUGAAGACGAUGUCUUCUAUGAAUCUUGCGACGAGCUGGGUGUUAUGGUAUGGCAAGAUUUCAUGUUUGGCUGUGGAAACUACCCAACCUGGCCUGAGAUUCUUGAGUCCAUUCGCAAGGAGACAGUCUACAAUGUUCAGCGCCUGAGACAUCAUCCGUCCAUCGUGGUCUGGGUUGGGAAUAAUGAGGACUACCAAGUGCAGGAGUCUGAGGGAUUAACCUACAAUUAUGAGGACAAAGACCCCGAGAGCUGGUUGAGAACUGAUUUCCCAGCAAGAUUUAUUUAUGAGAAGCUGCUACCAGAGGUUGUAAAGGAGCAUUGCCCCGGCACAUUCUAUCAUCCUGGCAGUCCCUGGGGUGACGGCAAGCUCUCGUUUGACCCGACAGUUGGUGAUAUGCAUCAGUGGAAUGUCUGGCAUGGUACCCAGGAAAAGUACCAGAUCUUCGACACCCUCGGAGGCCGCUUCAACAGCGAGUUUGGCAUGGAAGCCUUCCCGCACAAAUCGACGAUCGAAUAUUUCGUUCAGGAUAAGAAAGACCUGUUCCCUCAGUCCCAUGUGAUCGAUUUCCAUAACAAAGCAGACGGUCAUGAGAGAAGGCUGGCGACUUACCUAGUGGAGAAUAUCCGCACGCAAACAGAUGAUCUCGAUACAUACAUCUACCAUACGCAAGUGGUUCAAGCGGAGACGAUGAUGUUUGGAUACCGAGGUUGGCGCCGACAGUGGGGUGAUGAACGACACUGUGGUGGUGCCCUCCUUUGGCAACUCAACGAUUGUUGGCCGGGUAUCUCCUGGGCUAUCGCCGACUACUUCCUGAAGCCAAAGCCAGCGUACUACGCAGUGAAGCGGAUUCUCAAUCCCAUCGCAGUUGGCGUCAGGCGCGAACACCAUGACUGGAGUAUUGCGCACGCGCAGCCUCCCAAGGCCAGCAAGUAUGAGCUCUGGGUCGUCAGCAACAAACCACACGUCGUCCGUGGUUGUGUCGAGCUGCGAUUUGUGUCCGUCGAUACUGGCCGCGAUAUUCGACCUCCUAUCGUUCACAAUGAUAUUUCCAUCAACGCAAAUGGAACAACCAAUGUCAUCACCGAUGGUGUCCUCGAUCACAUCGCAGAACCCCAGCAACACGUCCUGGCUGCACGACUGUGGGUCGACAGCAAAAUUGUCGCGCGCGAUGUUGACUGGCCCCAGCCUUUCAAGUAUCUUGAUCUCUCUAACAGAGGCCUCCAAGUUGAGCAAGAGCGCACUGAGACCGGGCCGUCGCGUAUUGUCAUCCGAGCGCACAAACCCAUUAAGUGCCUGGUAUUUGAAGAGCUAGCAGGAGUUAGACUGAGUGACAAUGCUAUAGAUAUCGUCCCUGGCGAUGAGCAGGUGGUUACACUGGAGGGAAGCUGGAGCAAAAUGUCUUAUCGCUGUCUUGGCCAGACUAGCUCUGAGUCUAUACAGUCCUCGCUGUAG